AUGGCGGCUUAUGGAGUUCUAGUUUCUUUUAUGCAUAUCAUAGAUACCCUUCAAAAGCAUCCUUCUCCUCCCAUUUCUAUCGACACGGAACAAGUUGAAACCCUCACUCAAAUUGUUACCUUCUUGAAGGUGUUUCUUGAUGCUUAUAUUUCCCCUGUUGUUGUUGAUGGCCAAGAAGCUGAUCGAUUGGAGCGUCGCAUUGCUGAUGCAAUUUAUGCAGCUGAGGACGUUAUCGAAUCCCAGAUUGUGCUUCAAAUCGACAAGCGAUCCCCAAUUGUUGAGGGCCAUGACUUCUAUCAAGAUCUGCAGAAAGUGAUAGAAGAAAUGAAUUUGAUCAAACUUGAAGUGGAGAAGGUUGCAGAUGAAGCUCGGCCGCAGCAAAAGCCUGUUCCUGCCUUGACGUCUUCUUCUACUGUGAAGGAAAACGUGAUGGUGGGCUCUGAUGAAGUGUUUCUUGAAGUUUUGGAUAAGCUCACUGGAUAUCAACUCGGCCGCGAAAUCAUCCCCAUCACGGGGAUGGGCGGAAUUGGUAAGACCACUCUUGCCCGAAGUUUAUUUGAAAAUGCACUUGUUAAGGAGUAUUUUGAUAUUCGUGCUUGGACUACAAUUUCUCAAACAUAUAAUGUUAGAGAAACACUUAGAGAAGUUGUUUUCCAAGCAAGUGGUGAUUCAAGUAGUGAUGUGAGUGAGAAAGAAUUGGGAGAAAAACUAUACAAGUUUUUAUAUGGUAGGAGGUAUCUUGUGAUAAUGGAUGAUAUGUGGAGUGUUGAUGUGUGGGAGAAGAUCAAAUUUUUCUUUCCUGAUAAUGAAAAUGGAAGUCGGAUAAUUGUAACAACUAGGCUGUCAAACUUGAGUCAGUUGAAUGAGACUUCUAGAGUUGAUAUGGAUUUUUUAGAUGAAGCUAAUAGUUGGGAUUUGUUUUGUAAAACUGUAUUUGGAAAAGAAAGUUGUCCUCUGGAGUUCGAGAAUAUUGGGAAGAAUAUUGUAGCAACUUGUAAAGGGCUCCCUUUAUCAAUUGCUACGAUAGGAGGUCUUUUGGCAAAAUCUGAGUUCACGAGAGAAUAUUGGGAGCUUAUAGAGCAUAAUUUAAAUUCAAUUGUUAUUAGCAAUAAUGAUGAAUUUUGCUUAAAGACAUUGAGGAUGAGCUAUAUCUAUUUGCCAAACUAUUUGAAGUCAUGUUUUUUGUAUAUGGGUGUUUUUAAGGAAGAUAAGAGGAUCCGUGUGUCAAUGCUCAAGAAGCUGUGGAUUUCUGAAAGAUUUUUGAAACCAAGUAGAGGGAAAAGUUUGGAAACAAUUGCGCAAGAGUACUUUAAGGAGUUGGUUGGUAGAAAUCUGGUUUUAGUUGAUAAGUUGGGGUCGAUUGGAAAUGUUAAGUAUUGUAAAAUACAUGAUUUGGUGAGAGAUAUGUGCUUGAAAGAAGUUGAAAAGGAAAGGUUUUAUCAUGUCUUAAGAGAUGAUCGUCCAACCAUAACUAGCAAACGUCGGGUUGUACUUGGAAGUGAACGGUUGUUAACAAGUGACGUCUUGAGAUCUUUGUCGCAUGCUCGAUCCAUAAUAUGUAAUUAUGACUCUAAUGAAGAGGAGAGUGAUUGUGACGAAGAUGAAGAGGGGAGUGAUCGGGAUGAUAAUGAAGAGAGGAGUGGAGAAGUUCAACUGCCUCACAAUCUUAGAUUGUUGAGGACACUCCAUGCAUAUGAAGAUGGUACUGCGGGUAGGGCUUAUAUGCUAGAUAAUGUGUUUGAAUUGGUGAACUUACGAUACCUUUCGGUUAGCCUUCAUGAGAAUUUCAAAUUUCCUACUUCGAUUGAUCUGCUUUGGAAUCUAUACACAUUGAUUAUUUGCUGUUCGGAUCCUCUCCCGAUUGAAAUUUGGAAAUUGCAUCAACUUCGGCAUCUCAUAUUUAAUCCUUCAUUCUUCGGAUUGACUCUCCAGAAUCCUUCCAGUGCCGACAAUGACAUUGUUGUCAUGGAGAAUCUGCAAACACUCAAAGGUGUAAAGAAUUUGAUUUUGAAUGAGGAGGUGGUUAAAAGAAUUCCUAAUGUGAAGAAAUUGCAUUUAAGUUAUGAUAAGAAACAAAUGGAGGGAGAAAACUGUCUCAACAAUCUUCAGUGUUUUAGUAAAUUGGAAAACUUGACCUGCAUUUUCAGAAAUGAAAUUGCUGAAUAUUUUAGGAUUAGGUUCCCACUCUCCCUUAAGAAGUUGUCUAUUCUUGCCUCUGACGGUAUGGUGUUGGAAGACUUAAUGCCAAAAAUCGGUUCAUUGCCCCUUCUUGAGAAGUUUGAAAUAGAAUGUGGUUUCUUCAAAACAGGCAAGUGGGAAACAAUUGAAGACCAAUUUCCAAGCCUCAAGUUUCUACGAUUGGACGGUUGUGCUGGUCUAGAAGAUUGGAUUAUAUCAGACAAAUCCCACUUUCCAGUUCUCCAGAAGCUUCAUCUUGUUUUUUUCAAUCGACUGAAAGAGAUCCCAUCAGAAAUGGGAGAAAUAGCAACGUUGAAAUCAAUUGAAUUGCGUUUUUGCAAUGAAUCAGCGGUGAAGUCGGCUAAAAAGAUAGUAGAGGAACAAGAGGAUUUAUAUGGAGACCAACUAGACCUUCAUGUUCGAGUUGUAGUUUCGAAGGCUCGAGACGCACUAAGGAGCUUGGCAAGUGCCAACUUUGAAGUUGAAGUCUUCUCUAUGUAG